ACUUGCCUGUGAAUUUAAACAAUUUCACAUAAUAGUUAAUAGUGUAUUAUACGGAUAGCAUGGAAAACAUAUGAAGAAUGUCAGUAGAGACCAACGAGUCGUAAAGUGUUUCGGGCUGUCGUGAAGUGUGGUAAACGGCUCUGUGUCAAAACACGGAACUGGCGCGAUCAUUUGAAACAGUCAAGGCGUUUGCUUAUAUUUCCACUUUAAUGAGCUCUGUUGUCUGUUUUCCCGUUUUAACCCUCCGAUGAAAAUAUGCUGUCAGGUGCGAUCAGAAUGGUGAUUUAAUAAUAUUGCAGAUCUUCACUUUGCAUAAACCGUAAGUUCAUCGGUAUCCAAGGACGCGGUGCAGGAUCUCAAUGGACUCGAAAGACAAUGAACGUGUUUUACUCCUCGAGGAAGAGGUGAGGAGUUUGUCUGAGGAACUCGCUCAGUGCCAGACAGACAAGGAGUUUGUGUGGUCGCUUUGGAAGCGACUUCAAGUGGCCAGUCCAGACCUCACCCAGGCAGUGAGUCUUGUAAUGGAAAGAGAAAAGCAGAAAGCUGAGAACAAGGACAGGAAAGUUCUGGAGAUCCUUCAAGCAAAAGACUACAGAAUCCAAGAGCUGGAGCAGAAAGUGACGGCACAAGAGCAGGAGAUAAACAACCGAGUCCAGCAGUUGUGUGUCAGUGAGGAGGAGUGCGGUCUAAUGAAGAAAGAACUGGCAGCUCUGCAGCACAGACUGGGGAAUAAGAGUCGACAACUUAAGGAAGCGAGGAGGCAGGCGCAGGAGUGCGAGGAGGAGGGCAGGCGUGCCCUACAGGAAGCCAGGCAACAAUUAGAUGCUCAGCACUCAGCCUCUCAGGCAGAGCUGGAGAGAUUGCGGGACCAAGAGGCCGUCAGCAGUUCCAGAGUCAAGAAUUUGGAAGAGGAACUAUUCAGAAGCAGACAGGACGUGCUAGAGGCUCAGAGUCGCUCAACUGCUUUGUCCCUUCAGCUUUCCUCUGUAGAACGAGAAGGAGCUGAUAAAGAACAACAGCUCUGUCAAAUCAAACACGAGCUCCAGGACUUGCAAUGUCUGUACAGGCAGAGUGUGGAACAUGCAGGAGAACAGGCCCAGCUCAUUCAGCAGCUUGAGGGGCUUAACCUGGACACCCAAAGAGUCCUGCGCAGCCAAGAGGAGGCCCACACGGCAGACACUGUCUCCUACCAAAAGCUCCACAGCGAGCUGAGUGUGUCAUACCAAGCCCUUUGGCACAGCCAGGAACAGCUCCGCCAGCGGGAAGUAGCCCUCAGCAUGCAGCUCAGCCAGAGAGAUCAGCAGAUCCAAGAACUCCAGGCACAGCUGCAGAGUUUCACAGCCGCCGCGGGGCACUGUGAGGGUGCCGGGUCUCUGUCUCCAGGUGGCGGCAGCAGUGAUGGAGCAGACAGUCAGGAGCAAAGGAUUCAGUGGCUGCAGGAAUUACUUGUGCUUAAGACUAAGGAGAAUGAGGAUCUGCGAAGAGCCCAUGCCAAACAUCAUGACCGUUUACGCAUCAUUCAGACCAACUACAGAACAGUGACAGAGCGGCUGAAGGAAGUUGAAGAUACCCAUGACUUGUCAAAAUGUAAAACAAAGGUGCAUCAGGACAGCGAGGAUUUAUGGAAUGAAUUGGUGUUUUAUAAGGAGGAGAACAAGAAGCUACUCUCUGAUAAAGCUAAUCUGGAGGAGGAACUAAAUGCAGCCCUCGACAGAGUUGCAGUGCAGGACCUACAAGAGCAUCAGCAGGAGGAAACGCAAGAGCUUCUGUUUCGGGAAGUGCCGGAAGACGAGGUCAGGAGGAGCAGCACCCCCAUCAAGACAACCGCCAGAAGAGUGGAACAGACUUUUAAAAAGAUUGAGCAGUUACAAAGUCAAAUGGUCUCUCUGGAGAGCGAGAUUGUGCGGUUGCGAGAAAAGAACCGGGCGCUACAGGAAGCGAACGGUGCUCUGGCUGGAGAGCAGGGUGAUCUGCAAGCCAGAGUGCAGCUUCUGCAGAAAAGCAAGGAGGCAGAAGAGACCCAGGCCAGAGAAGAACGGGACCGACUGCUGGCUCAGAUGCAGAGCUUUGAGAGACAGGCAAAGGAGGCCAUGAAAGCUGCCGCCCAGGCCAGGCGCAGACUGCUUAAGCUCCGCCAGGAACUAGGAGUCCUUCGAGCAGAGAGAGAUUUCCAUCGGUCCGCAGCUAAACGCAGGGCAAAAGCCGCCACUCUGGCAAACAACAAGAUCAGGUCCAAAGCACCCUGGGUUGACGCCUCCAGCAGAACACGCAUGCGCUCGGCGCUAUACAGGAUGGACAGUCCCGCCAAGGACGACUGGGAGGACAUGAGCGCAGACAGUGACAGUGAAGAGUUCUCUGACAGCCUGGAAAGUCAAUAUUCUGUGCAAGCUCGACGAGUUUCAAGGAAAACUAAGGGCUGCAGGUACAUGCUGAUCUGCCCCACAGACAGGCCUGGAGAGGAAUCUCAAACCAGAAACAUCCAAUUCCAAGGUGCCUCCCUGCAAAAGAUCAGGAAGAAAAGAAUUUCAAAGGCCCAUGCUGUUUUGCAACAGCGUCUUCUGUCCCUCCAGCAGCAAGUCACAGCUCUCCAGGCAGACAAACAAGCAGCACAGCAGCUCGCAGCAGAGCAGAGCCACAGACAAGUGCAAACUCAAGCGCAGCUAGACUCCCUUCUCCAGCAACUCAACUCCAGCAAGCAGCUUUCAAAGAAGCAGGCGUGCGAGCUGGCUGGUCUGGAGCAGCAAAAGGCAUCUCUGCAGAUGGAGUUAGAGCAGUGGAGACGAAUACGACAGCAAACGUCAAUGAACUCCCCUGCCGUAGACCCGGGGCGCCUGCAGGCCCAAGUCAAACAGCUCACUCACCGACUGAAGAAUGCCAGUAGUGAGAUGAGCAAACACACUGCUGCUAACAAGAGCCUGAGGGCUCAGUUAGAUGAAAGAGAUCAGACACUGAAGGAACUGCACGAGAGGGUUGGUGUUUUAGAGAGGGAUGUGAUGAUGAAAAGGCAGCUAGUGGAGGAUCUCAGGUGCAGACUAAAAAUUUGCCAGGACUCCGAAAGGAGCCAUAGAGCAGUGACUGAAGACUUGGAGAAGAAAAUGAAAUCUCUCACUGAUGAGUCAACUAACCGGAAAGCCCUUGUCGACUCUCUAAAGAGAAGAUUGACAGUUGCCACUGCAGAAAAAAAACAGCAUGAGACAACCAGCCAAAAACUCAAAGAAGAGCUUCAGAAAAAGGAGCAGAGAGUGGCCGUCCUCCAGACGCGCAUAAGCGAGCGCGAUCAGGCCAUGGCUGAGCUGGAGCAGACUGCGUCUAAACAGAUGCAUGGUUUGGCCGAGCAGAGCUCUCAGGCUCUGGAAACACUGCAGAGAAAACUAACCCUUGCCGAGUCCCAGCUGCAACAGUUCCACACAUUCAUUGAGGCACUGGCUAAUCAAUUGGCACAGGAUGUGCAGGAUAUUAAAGCCCGUUUGAUGAGGAAGAAAAAGAGUGAAAGAGAAGGAAACAGAAUGUCUAAAUGCUCACUAGUGAAAGCAGCGUCUAUCCUCAACAUGACAGAAACAGACCUGGUGAACAUGCUGGACACAGAUGAAUGUGAGGAGGCGUUUGUGGGUCGUGGGCCAGACACAGAUUGGGCUGAACAUGUACAACACAUCCUUCAGCAGCAGGGCCUUUCAUGCCGUGAGAAAGCGAAACAAAUCGCAGAUGAAUGGUCUAUUCACUGGUCUGUAUUUGUCAGGCUGAACAGAAAGCAAAAUAACGGUACAAUAGAUGGUGCGAUGUGUACGCAUUUUUCAGCUGAAGAACAGAAGCAUGAGAAGCUCAAGACUAUAAUUUCAACAAUAAUCAAAAAGCAAAUGUAACAUGUAAUGUUUUGCUAAAGUAAAUAAUUUCAUCAUUAAAGGUCAGCAGCAAAAAUGUUGGUCCAUAAAUGAUGUCUAAAUUUGUAUUAUUAAAGGUAUCAUAUAGUUAUUAAAGAUUUGCAUAAUUUGUUUUUAUCUAUAUAAAAAAAUAAUAAUUUACAAUUCUAAAAACAAAUUGGCGAGUGAGAAGUAUGUUGGAGAAAUUUACCUCUGUCCCAUUUCUUAUAUACAAUGCAAAUAUAUAAGAAUGUAUUGUGCAAAUAAAUGAUUAAACCCAGAACUGUAAGCAUUAACUACAGUACAAAUCAUUAAUUAUUUAAAAUUAUUUGAAUCUUUUCUUAGAUUUUAUUUAUUAAAAAGUUAAUUCAUGCAAAGUCAACAAAUAAAAUUGUGGUGAAAGAAUGUUGGAGUAAUUCAAUGUGGGUAAGUGUAAAUAUGUGCAAAAAUACAGACAAAAGAAUAUUGAUGGGGAGUUUGAGUAAUAUUUUAUUCAAACCAUUGGCUAAUUGUAGGUUAUGCGUGUAGUGUAAAGCAAACUGUAAACAUUUUAUUUAGAGAAAUUUUCAAGCUUAGGCUUAACGUGUGGAGUGUGAAGGCUGCUGCUCCAUUGUCCAGUUUUUAGUGCAUGAGCACCACCAAAUGUUCUGAUAUGUGUAUUUGCAGCAACUCCAAAGACAUUACGCAGAGCUAAAAUCGACACACUCAACAAAGAAAGAAAAUGUAGCUCCCGGUGUGAAAGGCUCAAUAAGAUACCAUUGUUUCCAAAUUCAAAAAUCUUGUUCACGCCAAAUAUUCAUGUUAUUCAUAUUAAGAUUGACUGAAAUACUGUAGCACGAGUUACUCCAAAUUCCAAACUUAAGCUUAUUUUCACAUGCAGUGAUUAUUGUUAUGAAUAAAAUUAAAUCUCUUAGCAGUUAUAUCUAGGAGAUCAUUAAAGUAUUUAUGAUUUCUCCUCCGUGU